GCGCAUGCGCAAACCGGUGGAUAGAAUCAGCGGCGAAUAGCUAGUUUCUCGUAGCGUUCAGUCAGUUCAGAUCCGUGCUUUAGCUCACUAUUGUAAACAGUUACCGUUUAACCGUAAAGCGUUUAUAUCGAACGGGAUUUAAGUGACCGAGGCUCGAAGGAAUAUGCCCAAAAAUAAAGGAAAGGGAGGAAAGAAUCGGCGACGUGGAAAGAACGAGAAUGAGUCUGAAAAGAGAGAGUUGGUGUUCAAAGAGGACGGACAGGAAUACGCUCAGGUGAUAAAAAUGUUGGGGAACGGACGCUUGGAGGCCAUGUGCUUCGAUGGAACCAAGCGGCUUUGCCACAUCAGAGGAAAACUCCGGAAAAAGGUCUGGAUUAACACGUCAGACAUCAUCCUGGUCGGACUCAGAGAUUAUCAGGAUAACAAAGCUGAUGUCAUCCUCAAGUAUAACGCAGAUGAAGCUCGCAGUUUGAAAGCCUAUGGAGAGCUCCCAGAGCACGCCAAAAUCAACGAGACAGACACCUUCGGGCCUGGAGACGAUGAUGAGAUCCAGUUUGAUGACAUUGGCGAUGAUGAUGAGGACAUUGAUGAUAUCUAAAGACCUGCUACUGGAGGGGGAAAGUGGGAUUUUUCUCGAGAUGCUCUGAUUGGAAUAUUUUGAGCCGAUACACCGCACCAAUAAUGAUUAUUUUUAUUAAGAUCAGCCUAUGCCAAUCCAAUACAGUUCAUUAAAAUCCAAUACGUUUCAUUUUAUUCCAGUUUGUUACGCAUCAUCUGUAGGCGUCUUUGUUGUUUUGGAGAACUCAGAGUGCAUUUUAUACAGGGGGGUAAAAAAAAAAAAACUACAUCAGUCCUUUGGGUUUAUUGUUUGACAUGAAUGAACAUGAGAUGCUGCUUUAGUGAGACUGUCUCGGUUAUCAGUCGUAGCAACUGGAGGGCGACAGGCAGUUUGCUUAUUCCUCCUUCAUGCAUUUGGAUUGGAGAAUCUGUGUAGGCUGAUCACCAGCAUCUUAUUUCAGGUGAAUAACUGGAGCAUUUCAAGAUUUUCCCCUCAUUUGUGCUUCUAACAUCAACACAAAACAGCAACCUGCCUCGUCUCAUCCAGAGAGGUUUUCUUUCUUUUUUUCUGUAUUAAAGGAACACUCGUUUACUCUAAAGAGGCUCACGCCGAUACUAUGAUUGCAAAAUAUCUCACAACAAGUGUGUCAUCUUUUUAAAAAUGUAUUUAUAUUGAUUUCACACUACGUGGAAUAUAGUAACAAGUACAGAAUCUCUGGAUUCAACAAUAAAAAGAUUAAACAUUUUGUUUUGUUGUUUCCUUUGGCAGUCUGUAUCAUUGUAGCCUGUAAGGAAGUUUGAAACCUGUUUAUCAAUGACAGGAGAUAAAAAUAAUACCACCGAGUACGGCUCUGUGUCUCCGUAGGGGUUUCACUUUAACAUCAUAUACCUCUUGACAAAGUAUUUCAAUGAACUAUUUGCUCGUUUUAGAUUCAACCAUGGCCAAAUGAAGGUGAUCCCUUUCCCCUGAAAUCAAAAGAAGAAUCGAAAUGUAUUUUUCUAUUGUUUCCCUUUUUGUGUUUCUGUGUUUUGUUUUCAUGUUCUCUAUCGGCUGCAUGCUCGCUCUGUGGCUUCAGCACAGCGUGAAGCGCAGCCCUGUACGUCACUCUCGCCUCAUGCUUGACCAGUGGUUCCCAAACCUUUUCCACUGCAGACUCACACCAGUAAAACCUCAGAUCUGAGCUUAAAGGUUCUCUGAACCUCGAGAAAAAUCCUUCAACAGCCAAAUAUACACCUUAUUUUCCUCCCCCAACCCCCUCUCUGGAAAAUCCAAGUUUCCUGAGAGGGGCCUAGCACCUCAGUUUGGGAACCACUGCUCCAGACCACAUGGGGCCCUGUUGCUGCUGUUGCUGUAACUCUGAUAAAUAAAAAAUGUACUAUGAUGUUUGAAGGCUGGGUUUCCAAUAAAGAUCUUAACUCCA